UUAUAAUGUGUUGAAGGAUAAUAUAUUAAAGUCACGUUGUGCAAACUACUCCUUGAGAUUCUAUGAAGGUCAACACGAACUCUUAAUUUUAGGAGAGGCAGAGGGAGGGUGGUCGGGUACAUUUUACCCAGGGUAGAAAUGUCAAAUAUUAGCGGGUAUCUCUUUAAAGUGAGAGGGAGUAUGUCACUGAGACCGCAUUUUAGGUAUUUUGUGAAGUUCUGGUUAGUUUGUCAUUAAGCUAGGAAGAGUGAAGAAAAGAUUCAUAGGGAUGUUACUGCGAUUAAGGUUAAAAAUGAGACUUUGUUUUUACACUUGGAGCCUAGGUGGCUGACGAGCACUUUUACAGUGGUAUGUAAAAUUAAAAGGGGUGUAGUUAAGGUGAUUGGUCAGUUUUUUUUCAGGCUCGGGGAGUCUGAAACUCAAGGGAAUGAUUUAAUGAGGACUUCAGGGGCAGGCUUUUCAUACACUGGGUGAUGGGUCUCUGAAACAAGCUACCAUAGGAGGUUGUAGAACUGGGUACAAUCACAAUGUUUAAAAGAUAUUUGAACAGCAGUAGCAUCAGAGUGCCAAUUUGGAUGUUAAGAACUUUGGAUUAUCAGAGCAUCAUAGGACACCUUUCUCAUCCUUGAAAGCUGAAAAUUGAAUUUGAUGCCAUGACCUUCUCAAAACCAAUGAUCGAAGUGGUGAACCUUGGGAGGAUCUCUUAUGGUAACGCAUUACAAGCUCAGCAGAAGUUCAUCCGGCGCCACAUUGACGCCCUAACCCGUCUGCCCACUGAUGAGGCCCCAUUGAAUGCGCUGCUCCUGUGUGAGCAUCCUCCAGUGUACACAAUUGGCAUACGGACAGCACCAUACUCGAUCAGGGAGGAAGAGAGGUUGAAAGAGCUGGGUGCGGAGUUCUACCGGGCAAACCGAGGAGGGUUGAUCACCUUCCAUGGCCCCGGACAGCUGGUGUGCUAUCCAAUCCUGAACCUGGCCCACUUCAAAAAGAGCGUGAGGUGGUAUGUGGGUGAACUGGAAAGAACCGCUGUCCAGCUCUGCUCCAAGUUUGGUAUAAAAGCAGAGACCUCAUCUGAGACUGGAGUGUGGGUUGGAAAAAACAAAAUAUGUGCCAUUGGGAUUCACUGUGGCAGAUACAUCACCUCUCAUGGGUUAGCGCUCAACUGUAACACUGAUCUCCUCUGGUUUUCACAUAUCAGCCCCUGUGGUAUAGAGGGGAAAGGGGUUACAUCCCUGAGCAAAGUACUGCAGAGGGAAGUGACCAUCUCUGAGGCAGUGGAGCCUUUCCUGGAAACAUUCGCAGAGCAGUUUAACUGCACGCUGAAGCGCUAGAGGCCAUUCGUCUCCAGGCUGACCAUCUGUACAGAUCUUCACCUGGCCUACAAGCUGUACUGUUUGAAGAGGCUUGAAACUUGUGAGUAGUCUGCAAGGAAGAGUGAAGCUUGGAACAGGACACAAAGAUCAAGCAUGUUAUGUGUCUGUCCAAUAGGAUCCUGUUAUCUGCUGAAUCACACCCCCCCCCCCCCCAUUGUCAACCACUACUUGCAGCACCGAGUGUCAACGAGAGGAUGGUGUUGAUCCAAAGUUCUUCAGAAGCGAAUCAGAAUCAGGUUUAUUAUCACUGACAUAUGCCAUGAAAUUUGUUGUUUUACAGCAGCAGUACAUUGCGAUACACUGCAUUUAUUGGUUAUUUCUCAUUUUUAAUCUCCAAGGUUGAAAUACUUGAACCAAAUUAAACCAUUUGAAGAUA